AUGUGGCCUAUUUUGCUUACCUUGAGUUGGUGGUGGGGAGGUAGAACCGCAAAGACCACAAGUAUUCUUACAAUAAGUUUGCAUUUUAGGAGUCCCGCAUUGGCUCUUGAAUUGAGCACAGUUAGUAGCUCCGUCAACGCAUUUAGCUAAAAGAAUUGUAUUACGGUUCCUUAGUACGACACUUACAUGAAGGCGUAGUGGGUGUUGUUGGAGUCGUUGGGGUCGUUGGUGUCGUGGGAGUUGUUGGAGUAGUGGGGGUUGUUGGGGUGGUUGGGGUUGUAGGCGUUGUUGGAGUGGUUGGGGUUGUUGGUGUGGUAGGAGUUGUUGGAGUCGUUGGGGUCGUUGGGGUUGUUGGUGUUGUGGGAGUUGUUGGAGUAGUGGGGGUUGUUGGGGUGGUUGGGGUUGUAGGCGUUGUUGGAGUGGUUGGGGUUGUUGGUUUCGUAGGAGUUGUUGGAGUAGUGGGAGUGGUUGGGGUAGUUGGGGUUGUGGGAGUAGUUGGGGUUGUAGGUGUCGUUGGAGUUGUUGGUGUGGUUGGAGUAAUUGGUGUGGUGGGAGUUGUUGGGGUAGUGGGAGUUGUUGGGGUUGUAGGUGUUGUCGGAGUGGUAGGGGUCGUUGGUGUCGUGGGAGUUGUUGGAGUAGUGGGGGUUGUUGGGGUGGUUGGGGUUGUAGGCGUUGUUGGAGUGGUUGGGGUUGUUGGUGUGGUAGGAGUUGUUGGAGUCGUUGGGGUCGUUGGGGUUGUUGGUGUUGUGGGAGUUGUUGGAGUAGUGGGGGUUGUUGGGGUGGUUGGGGUUGUAGGCGUUGUUGGAGUGGUUGGGGUUGUUGGUGUCGUAGGAGUUGUUGGAGUAGUGGGAGUGGUUGGGGUAGUUGGGGUUGUGGGAGUAGUUGGGGUUGUAGGUGUCGUUGGAGUUGUUGGUGUGGUUGGAGUAGUUGGUGUGGUGGGAGUUGUUGGGGUAGUGGGAGUUGUUGGGGUUGUAGGUGUUGUCGGAGUGAUAGGGGUCGUUGGAGUUGUAGGAGUGGUUGGGGUUGUCGGUGUAGUGGGUGUCGUUGGAGUAGUGGGGGUUGUUGGGGUGGUUGGGGUUGUAGGCGUUGUUGGAGUGGUUGGGGUUGUUGGACUACUUGGUGUGCUUGGAGUAGUCGGCGUCGUUGGCGUGGUAGGGGUAGUUGGAGUGGUUGGGGUUGUUGGGCUACUUGGUGUGCUUGGAGUAGUCGGUGUUGUUGGUGUGGUUGGGGUAGUUGGAGUGGUCGGGGUAGUUGGAGUGGUCGGGGUUGUUGGACUACUUGGUGUGCUUGGAGUAGUCGGCGUCGUUGGCGUGGUAGGGGUAGUUGGAGUGGUCGGGGUUGUUGGACUACUUGGUGUGCUUGGAGUAGUCGGCGUCGUUGGCGUGGUAGGGGUGGUUGGAGUGGUCGGGGUUGUUGGACUACUUGGUGUGCUUGGAGUAGUCGGCGUCGUUGGCGUGGUAGGGGUAGUUGGAGUGGUUGGGGUUGUUGGGCUACUUGGUGUGCUUGGAGUAGUCGGUGUUGUUGGUGUGGUUGGGGUAGUUGGAGUGGUCGGGGUUGUUGGACUACUUGGUGUGCUUGGAGUAGUCGGCGUUGUUGGUGUGGUAGGGGUAGUUGGACUGGUCGGGGUUGUUGGACUACUUGGUGUGCUUGGAGUAGUCGGCGUCGUUGGCGUGGUAGGGGUAGUUGGACUGGUCGGGGUUGUUGGACUACUUGGUGUGCUUGGAGUAGUCGGCGUCGUUGGCGUGGUAGGGGUAGUUGGAGUGGUCGGGGUUGUUGGACUACUUGGUGUGCUUGGAGUAGUCGGCGUCGUUGGCGUGGUAGGGGUAGUUGGAGUGGUUGGGGUUGUUGGACUACUUGGUGUGCUUGGAGUAGUCGGCGUCGUUGGGGUGCUUGGGGUUGUGGGAGUGGUCGGAGUCGUAGGGGUGGUUGGAGUUGUUGGUGUGGUAGGGGUAGUUGGAGUGGUCGGGGUUGUUGGACUACUUGGUGUGCUUGGAGUAGUCGGCGUCGUUGGUGUGGUUGGGGUAGUUGGAGUGGUCGGGGUUGUUGGACUACUUGGUGUGCUUGGAGUAGUCGGCGUCGUUGGCGUGGUAGGGGUAGUUGGAGUGGUUGGGGUUGUUGGACUACUUGGUGUGCUUGGAGUAGUCGGCGUCGUUGGCGUGGUAGGGGUAGUUGGAGUGGUCGGGGUUGUUGGACUACUUGGUGUGCUUGGAGUAGUCGGCGUCGUUGGCGUGGUAAGGGUAGUUGGAGUGGUUGGGGUUGUUGGACUACUUGGUGUGCUUGGAGUAGUCGGCGUUGUUGGUGUGGUAGGGGUAGUUGGACUGGUCGGGGUUGUUGGACUACUUGGUGUGCUUGGAGUAGUCGGCGUCGUUGGCGUGGUAGGGGUAGUUGGACUGGUCGGGGUUGUUGGACUACUUGGUGUGCUUGGAGUAGUCGGCGUCGUUGGCGUGGUAGGGGUAGUUGGAGUGGUCGGGGUUGUUGGACUACUUGGUGUGCUUGGAGUAGUCGGCGUCGUUGGCGUGGUAGGGGUGGUUGGAGUGGUCGGGGUUGUUGGACUACUUGGUGUGCUUGGAGUAGUCGGCGUCGUUGGCGUGGUAGGGGUAGUUGGAGUGGUUGGGGUUGUUGGGCUACUUGGUGUGCUUGGAGUAGUCGGUGUUGUUGGUGUGGUUGGGGUAGUUGGAGUGGUCGGGGUUGUUGGACUACUUGGUGUGCUUGGAGUAGUCGGCGUCGUUGGCGUGGUAGGGGUAGUUGGAGUGGUUGGGGUUGUUGGACUACUUGGUGUGCUUGGAGUAGCCGGCGUCGUUGGCGUGGUAGGGGUAGUUGGAGUGGUCGGGGUUGUUGGACUACUUGGUGUGCUUGGAGUAGUCGGCGUCGUUGGCGUGGUAGGGGUAGUUGUAGUGGUUGGGGUUGUUGGACUACUUGGUGUGCUUGGAGUAGUCGGCGUCGUUGGCGUGGUAG